AUGCCAUCUCAUAUUUCUCUUCUUAUCGUUAUUAUUUCGGGAAAGAAUAAUCGAUAUAGUUCAUAUGGAGUGGCCAAAUAUAAACUUUCUAAUCAGAUAUCACGUACUAUCAAAUGGAAAUAUUUUUUUUCUUCAAGCAAAUCACCUCAACUAUUCAAUCCUGGAGAUAUCAUAUUUAUUUCUAGUAAAUACGUGGUAGAAAAUUAUGAGAAAUGUGUGACCAUUGCGUAUGCUAGCAUUAUUAAUACUGGAAAGCCUGAACGUGAAUUCGAUAUAACAAGCAUCCCUAUAUGCAUUCCUCAUCUUAUGAUUUCUGUUAACGAUACAAAUGUGAUGGAUGAAAAUGAAGAAGAAGACCAGCCUAAAAAGAGGAAGCGAAAUGUUAGAACAAUAAAAAAAGAAAAGUGCGAAGAAGAAAAAGAAAUACAUUCUGAUAAGGAUACAAAGGCGAUGGAUGAAAAUGAAGAAGAAGACCAGUCUAAAAAGAGGAAGCAAAACAUUAGAACAAUAAAAAAAGAAAAAGAAAAGAAAGUAGUUAGAUAA